ACCAUACGCGACAGUUGUCAAAGGCUCCGACCCCAUCACAAGUCGUUCCUUACAUGGACUCCUGCAGCGGAGGGGCCGGAGGAGGAGCAAUGGAAUGAGUCAGCGGCAUGUGUAAGCUCGAGGGAAACGAUGCGUGGAGGCCGUGUCAGAUGAGGAGACGACAAGGGGGAGGACGACGGCACCGGCGCGGUGGAAACUCCGGGAAUGGCGGAGGACCCAGUCCCCUCAUCUUUCCUUCCCACGCUCCCAUCGAAGCCCUAGAGCGGGGCCUCCGAUCGUGACCCCCCCGCCGCGAGACCGGCUCGCGCUCCCCCAUCAAGCCCAGGUCCUUAGAGAUGGCGGAGGCGCUGAAGUUGCUGUACAUUGUUGUGGUGGACGAAGUAGAGAGGGGAGGAGGCGAUGGCGUCGGCGGGAAGAGGAGCUUGUCGUUUCGGUACACUCGGCCGGUGCUGCAGAGCACUCUGCAGCUCAUGGGCUGCAAAGCUCGUCAUGCUUUCAAGGUUGGUCGUUCGAUGCGAUCUGCCUGGUGGCGGUCGGCUCGUUCUUUUAUUUUGUUAUUGCAUGGACCAACCGCUACCUCCGUGCUUCUGGAUAUUAGCCGAAGAGUAUUUGAAGUGAUGCGAGAUGAGAACUCAGGUGGACGUUUGCCUCCUGAUGGCAGGAGCUCAGAUUGCUGGAAAAUUCCAUCCAGCGAAAAGAACAGACAUGAUAUUGAUGGCUUGGGCCAGGCAAACAUGACUAAUCGGCUGACUCCAGAGAAUGUAGAUAUGAGUAGUGGAAUGCCUUUUGAAUUGUACAAAAGACUAACAACUGUUGUUGUUUCAAGGGAACGCUUCUUAGACAUCGUCUGUGAUGCCCUCACCCUAUACAAAUAUGUCAGUCCACAUCAAAGAACUGACUUGCUUCUAGCUUGCAGGAUUCGAGAAAGAAAGGAGUCUGUGACAGUUCUUUUGUGCGGCACAAGUGGCUGUGGCAAGUCUACUUUGUCGGCCUUGCUGGGAAGCAGACUGGGUGUGACAACUGUCAUUUCUACUGAUUCAAUACGCCAUAUGAUGAGGAGCUAUGUGGAUGAAGAACAAAAUCCGCUCCUUUGGGCUUCAACUUAUCAUGCUGGGGAAUGUCUAGAUCCAGUAGCAGUGGCAGAAGCAAAAGCUAAACGAAAAGCAAAAAAACUUGCUAUUGUUUCACACGCAGUGGUUAAGGGAGAAAUAUCUGAUGGAACUCUAAAUGUAAAACCUGAUGGCCGAUCUCAUGAUGUGGUCAUUGGAACUGAGUUAAUUGGCAAAAAGCAAAUGGCUAUUGAAGGCUUUAAAGCACAAAGUGAAAUGGUAAUAGACAGUCUUGAUCGUCUCAUCACUGCUUGGGAAGAGCGAAAAGAAUCUGUAGUCGUUGAGGGUGUCCACUUGAGCCUCAAUUUUGUGAUGGGACUCAUGAAGAAGCAUCCUUCAAUAAUACCGUUCAUGAUUUAUAUAACAAAUGAAGACAAACAUAUAGAAAGAUUUGCAGUGCGUGCCAAAUACAUGACACUGGACCCAGCAAAGAAUAAAUAUGUAAAAUAUAUCCAGAAUAUCAGAGCCAUUCAGGAGUAUCUCUGUAACAGGGCAGAUAAGCAUCUGGUUCCAAAAAUAAAAAACACAAAUGUUGAUCAGAGUGUGGCAGCUAUCCAUGCCACAGUUUUUGGCUGUCUGCGUAGGCGAGAGGCAGGAGAGCAGCUCUAUGACCCGUCUACAAAUACAGUGUCUGUAAUACAUGAAGAAUACAGAAACCAGUGUGCUGCAAAUUCUCUUGGUUCCAAGAGAAUGUUGCAGUUGAUCCAGAGUAAGGGUUCCUCAAGGCAUCUAAUGGCACUUCUCAACACAGAUGGAUCUGUUGCCAAGGCUUGGCCUUUUGAGAUGGUUGAUUAUGAUGGGAAACUUGAUCGAAAUGGGAACGAAAAAUGCAUGGGAAACCCCAUGUAUGGCCCCUUGCAGAUAGGGAAGGCCGAGCCAGUUAAUCUUCAGUUUGGAAAUUUUGGGAUCAGUGCAUGGACAAAUGAUACAUGUGGUACAAGUCAAACAGGGAGCAUCGAUGACUCAAGGGCUGAGGGCACUGACACUGGCAGUAGAUACUUCUCUUCCUGUUGCAGCUCCCCAAAGGCAUUAGAUGGACCUGCCAAAGAGCUCAAGGAAGAAUUUUUUGUAUCUGGUAGCGAAGAAGAAGCUGACUACCCAUAUGAUAAAGACAGUAAUGAAGAUCUUAGUGACAUAGACGACAAGGAGAUCCAUGAUGAGAUUGAAGGUUCCGUUGAUGAAGACUCCACCAAGUCAGAUGAGGAGUAUGAGGACUUGGCGAUGCGAGACGACCUCGAAAAUGUUUAUUGGUCCGAUGAUGAUGAGUCAGCAAACGCAAAGAAAGCAGCAGACGAUAAAAGACCAACCAACGAAGGAGACGUGAGCACAGCAGAUAAAUACCAACACAAUCUCGAGCUGUUCUUGAAGAUGAGCGAGGGUAUCAUGGAACCACCUUUUUCUUAUGCCCUGCUUCGUGGGCAAAGCAAGACGAGCACCGACAUGGGAGCGAGGAGACGUUCCUUGAGCGAUCCAAUGCGAUUCCGAGACCGGGCACAGAGCAUCCCGGCUGUGACGGAGUUGAGAGCACUAUGAAGGGGAUCAGUUCUCUGCUUAGGAUUAACCUUGAAAGCACAAUCUUUUGUCUUGAGUUGUGGAUGAGGAGAACCAGCCUUGAUCUUUCUGGAAUUAAGAUGUGAAUUCUGUUAGAAGGAGGUAUGGAGUCAAUUAUUGUGGCUUUAAAUCAUGGAAUGGAGAGGGAAAUGCUGCUAAAUGUUAUGGCUCGAUUGCUGA